UUUGAACUCCAUCCUAGCCUAUGCUUAUUAUUAAGGUUUAAUCCUUUGUGAUCUUAGAUGUCACUUGAAAAGUUUCACUUACAUGAUUCACUUUAACUCUUUAAGAGCUUCUAGCUUAAAUGUAGAAUUCACAACAUACAGUCACAUUGAUGAUAACCUCUAAACUAGGUUAAGUCGUUUUUUAAAUAUAGAAUUCACUACAGUCACACUGCCGAUAACCUCUAAACUAGGUUAAGUCGUUAAAUGUAGAAUUCACUAGCUUUAUUUUGCUUUAUUCACUACAGUCACAUUUCCGAUAACCUCUAAAAUAGGUUAAGUUGUUUUCACUCUUCUUAAUCCGUUCAGCAUUGUUCUUCUGAGUUUUCCCGCAGCACCAUGUUAGAUUCCUUCUUCUAUUAUGGGAUUAACGAUUUAUUAAAUAACAUACACAUUUAAGAAUAACUGAUUUAUUAGGAUAGUUUAGCACACUACAUAUUGUAUAUCUCACACUGAUACAUCGACAACCAGAUCUCUUCUAACUGUCCUUUUCAUAUCCGUUAGUAUCUCAGUGAUACCUUAAUUAACUAGGGUUUACAAAUAUUUUAUUAUCUUUAGUGAUACCCUAAUUAACUAGGGUUUACAAAUAUUUUAUUAUAUUAAAUAUACAACAAAUAUAGUCCCAAAAAUAUCUUCUUAGAAUAUUAGUUAUAAAAAUAUAAAGUAGAUCUUGUUUUUUAUUUUCCCUAUUUGCCUUCAAAUCGUAAAAUUAAUGUAGUUUUGUGUACGAAUUGGUUAAGAAAUUAGUUCAGGAACUAGGUCAGGAUUCGUGUCUUAAGAUUAGUUUUUUCUAUGGAUGGAAUAUAUGGACAGUUUUACAAUAUUCCUAGCUGUAUAUGAAUGUGAACUACCAUGUUACAGAUGCUACAGACAUGGACGUGGACCCCAGUGUUACAGAGGCUACAGACAUGGACGUGGACCCCAGUGUUACAGAGGCUACAGACAUGGACGUGGACUACACAGAGGCUACAACCAUGGACGUGGACUACAGUUUUCCCGAGGCUACAGACAUGGACGUGGACUCCAGUGUUACAGAUGCUACAGACAGGGACGUGGACUCCAGUGUUACAGAUGCUACAGACAGGGCCGUGGACGCCAGUGUUACAGAUGCUUCAGACAUGGCUGUGGACGCCAGUGUUACAGAUGCUUCAGACAUGGACGUGGACUGCAGUGUUACAGAGGCUACAGAUACUGAAAACCUACCAGAGAUUCUAGUAGAAACUCAUGUAACAGUAAAUAGUGAUGUCACACUACCUAAGUGUACUAAACAAACUAGUGAACAGUAAAAAUGUUUCCUAAUUAAUGAAGUAUAGUGAAGUUGUAAAUUUUUUAUUAAAUUUGUAAUUCCCUAGGCCUUUUUUAUUUUUAUAAACCCUGACAAGACAACACAAGUACAUUUUAGCAGAAAAAAAAUUCUACCCACUAGUAUCCCCAAUGUAGCAGUGGCUGAUCAGAUUAAGUUUCUAGGAAUAACUCUAGAUAAUGGACUCACAUGGGCAAACCAUGUAAACAACAUCUGCAAUAAAAUCAGCACUGGCGUCUAUGUUGUUAAACGCAAUUAAAUGGGUUGGCACUCAGGAAGCGGCAAAAAUGGCAUACUACGCUCUAGUAGAAUCUCAUGUAUUAGAUAUGGUCUUACAAUCUGGGGAAGCUCCUCGGGAAAUCUGAAGAAAGUACUUGUACUACAAAAAAAGGCAAUUAGGACAAUUGCAAACCUGGAGUCCCAGCAAAGCUGUCGUCAAGCCUAUCAGACCCUAGGCAUACUAACAGUAUCUGCGCUCUACAUCUAUGAAGCCAUUUUAUAUGCAGACACACUAAACCUGCAGACUCACAUGGACCUUCACAGCUACCCCACACGCCAUGCCUCUAGAUUCGUCCUACCCCAACAUAGAACAGCCCUCUUCGAGAAAAAACCGUCAUACGUAGGCCAAAAACUGAAAAACCUCCUUCCAGACCACCUCCGGACCCUGACUGGCAACAGACUGAAGAGCUUGCUUAAAGAAUUCCUGUUGAAGAAUCCUGUGUACAAGAUAGAAGAGUUCCUGGAAUUAAUGAACACAUCUCCUUAAUUCUACUUAUUGUAACUUGACAAAUUACUGUUCUUAAUGUUCAUGUAAUAAAUAAAUAAA